AUGAGUUCCAAAGCCUGUCUCCCCCAUGUCUUCCUCGUCAGCUUCCCCGGCCAAGGCCAUAUCAACCCCAUGCUCCGCCUCGGCAAGAAACUCGCCGCCGCGGGCCUCCUCGUUACCUUCUCCACCUCCGUCCAACUCGGGUCCCAGAUGAAGAACGCUGGGAGCAUCUCUGACCACCCGACACCCCUCGGCGAUGGCUUCCUCCGCUUCGAAUUCUUCGACGACGGCCGAACCGACACCACCCCGACACUCACCUACGACGAAUACAUGGUGCAGCUCCAACGCCUAGGCGCCAUCUCCCUCCGCCAAAUAUUAGAGAACCAAAUGAAAGAAAACCGCCCGGUCUCUUGCGUUAUUGGGAACCCUUUUGUGCCUUGGGUUAUUGACUUGGCCGACAACCUCGGAAUCUCCUCCGCCGUCUUUUGGGUCCAAUCAUGUUCUGUUUUUUCCGUUUACUAUCACCAUUUUCGUGGAGCUGUCCCAUUCCCUUCUCAAACACAACCAAAUCUCGACGUGAAAUUACCCUUUUUGCCCCUUUUGAAGUCCGAUGAAAUCCCAAGCUUCUUGACUCCAAAUGACUCUCAUCAAGCUAUUGGGAAGGACAUUUUGAGGCAAUUUUCGAAUCUCUCCAAACCCUUUUGUAUAUUAAUGGAUACUUUUGAAGAGUUGGAGGCUGAGGUCAUAAACGACAUGUCGAAAAAUUUUCCGAUCAAGGCGGUGGGGCCUUUGUUUAAGAUUUGUAGUGAAAUGGAAACGAAGAUUCGUGGAGAUUGCAUGAAAGCUGCUGAUGAGUGUAUUGAGUGGCUCGACUCGAAGCCUAUCGGAUCGGUGGUUUACGUGUCGUUUGGAAGUGUGGUGUUUUUGAAACAAGACCAGAUUGAUGAGAUUGCUUAUGCGCUUCAUAGUUCGGGGUUUUCUUUCUUGUGGGUUUUGAAACCGCCUUCCGUACAUCUUGGAGCCGACCGCCAUGUUCUUCCUCUCGAGGUGGUGGAAGAGAUGGGAGAGAGAGGGAAGGUGGUUGAAUGGAGUCCACAAGAACAAGUGCUCUCACACCCAUCAUUGGCAUGUUUCCUCACACACUGUGGUUGGAACUCAUCUGUGGAGGCCAUGAGCUUAGGGGUCCCGAUGGUCGCAUUUCCCCAAUGGGGGGAUCAGGUCACCAAUGCCAAGUUCCUUGUCGACGUCUUCGGCGUCGGCCUCCGCCUGUCCCGUGGCGCCAAUGAAGAUAGGCUAAUACAAAGAGAUGAGAUUGAGACGUGCCUGAGAGAAGCCAUGGAAGGCCCAAGGGCGGUGGAGAUUAGACAGAACGCUUUGAAGCAGCAAAAGGCGGCGGAGAAGGCGGUGGCUGACGGCGGCUCCUCCGAUCGAAAUAUUAAGGACUUCAUCGAUGAGAUUCGAAAACGGUGA